GUGGUCGAGGUUUGUUCUAGAUUAAAUAUCAAUCUCUUUUGUGGUUUGUGGGAAAGACAUUCACUUUUCUAUUUCUCUCAUUCAUUUUCUUCUAUUUCGUUCUCUUACACUUCAACUUCUUCACAGUACUUUGUGCUGCCUCUAAAUAUUUUCUUAAUUAAGAGAUCUUAUACUUUCUUUGUUUCCACAACCAUUCUCUAUCAAGUUCUCUAUCACCGAAGAUCAAAAUCUCAAUUUAUUGUCUCACACAUUCAGGUAGCCAUGGCAGGGCUGAUGGUUGCAGGAGCAUUUCUUACACCUGUCAUCCAAGUUAUUGUUGAGAGGGUUGCCUCAGGAGAUUACAAAGACAUCUUCAAGAAACGAAUGGUGAAUAAACUCGAAAUCACUUUGAAUUCUAUCAAUCAAGUGUUGGAUGAUGGAGAGACAAAGCAGUACCAGAAUCCAAAUGUCAGGAUUUGGCUUGAUGAUAUAAAACAUGAGGUAUGUGAAGUAGAACAGCUGUUGGAUGAGAUUGCUACAAGUGCACAACGAAAGAGCAAGGUUAAACACUUCUUUUCAUCUCUGACUAAUCAGUUUGAAUCUAGGAUGAAAGACUCGCUAGAUAAGCUAGAACAUCUUUUAAAGCAAAAUGAUGUGUUGGGAUUGAAAGAAGGAACAUCUGCUCGUAAUGGACUUGAAGUCGGUCCAGAAUCUUCAAAAAGAGUGCCAACGACGUCUUUGGUGGAUGAAUCUAGAAUACUUGGUAGGAAUGAUGAUAAAGAGGAAAUUAUUGAUUUCUUACUUUUAGACAAUGGUAGUAGUUGCAACCAUGCACCAAUAAUCAGCAUAGUUGGUCUUGGUGGGAUGGGUAAGACCACCCUUGCUCGGCUCGUCUACAAUGACGACAAGGUGCAAAGCAACUUUGAACUUAAAGCUUGGAUCUAUAUUUCAAAUCCAUUUGAUAUUUUUGGGCUCACUAAAGAAAUUCUCGAGCAAUUUAAAUCUCCAACAGAUAGUGAAAGCUUGGAAAUACUCCAACAUCAAUUGCAACAGAAAGUAAUGGGAAAGAAAUAUUUGCUUGUUCUAGAUGAUAUUUGGAAAGCUAAUGAGAAAAGUUGGGAGCAGUUACUAAUUCCCUUUAAUAAAGGAUCUCCUGGAAGUAAGAUGAUCGUGACAACACGAAGUAAGGAUGAUGCAUCAGCCAUGGAAUCUGCAAAGUUAGUUGAAUUAGAACAACUGGAGGAGAGUGAUUGUUGGAGUUUAUUUGUGACACAUGCUUUUCACGACAGAAACGCGAGUGAUUAUCCAGAUCUUGAACCAAUUGGAAAGAUGAUUGUAGACAAGUGUGGAGGGUUGCCAUUAGCUGUUAAAACAAUGGGGAACCUCUUGAGAAAAAAAUUCUCUAAAAGUGAAUGGGAGAAAAUAUUGAAGACUGAUAUGUGGCGUUUAUCAGAGAGAGACAGCAACAUAAAUCCAGUAUUGAGACUGAGUUACCAUAAUCUUCCUUCAAAUUCGAAGCGUUGUUUUGCAUAUUGUUCCAUAUUUCCCAAGGGUUAUGAGUUUGACAAGAAUAAGUUAAUCAAAAUGUGGAUGGCAAAUGGUUUGCUGAAUUCCUACAAAAGUAACAAAAGUAAAGAAGAGUUGGGUAGUGGGUUAUUUGAUGAUCUUGAGUCAAUUUCAUUUUUCCAAGAAUCACUAUAUGUACCUGGACUUUUUGUCAUGCAUGAUCUUGUCAAUGACUUGGCAAAGUCAGAGUCUAGAGAAUUUUGCUUACAAGUGAAUGGUGAUACGGGGCAAGAUAUAUCUGAAAGGACACGCCACAUUUGGUGUUCUCUUGAUUUGAAAGCCGGCGAUGGGAUAUUAAAGCACAUUUAUAGAGCUAAGGGAUUACACAGCUUGUUGGUAGAAUCACCAACGUAUGGUGGCGAAUGCUUCAUGAUAAGCAACAAUAUGCAAUGUGAUAUGUUUUCAAAAUUAAAAUAUUUGCGGAUGUUAUCAUUUAGUGAUUACGGAACUCCAUACGGAGAGCUAGAACUAGCAGAUGAGAUAGGCAAUUUAAAUCUUUUGCGCUAUCUAGACCUGACUUGGACAGAUAUUAAAAGGUUACCCGACUCUAUCUGUAAGCUUUAUAACUUAGAGAGACUGGAAUUGAAAAACUGUGAUAAUUUGACUGAAUUGCCUUUAGACUUUUACAAACUUGACGGUUUACGCCAUCUUAAUCUGGAAGGAACUGCAAUAAAGAAGAUGCCAAAGCAGAUAAGGAAACUUAACCAUCUACAAACGCUGACUAAUUUUGUUGUGGGAGAGUCGAGUGGGUCUGAUAUUGAGGAGUUAGAAAGUCUCAAUCUUCUUCAAGGAAAAAUUAGUCUUUCAGGAUUGAACAAUGUCACUGAUCCAACACAUGCCGUAAAGAGCCGUUUGCAAGAUAAGAAGUUUUUAGAAAAAAUACAUAUGAUAUUUGAUGGUUCAAUAGUGGAAAGCAAUGUGUCUGUCUUGGAUGCCCUUCAACCAAAUAUCAAUCUGAAGAGGCUCACCAUUAAGAACUACAAUGGCAAUAUGUUUCCAACUUGGAUAAGGGGGUGUGAUUUACCCAAUUUAAUAUCUCUUAAACUGAAGAACUGUAAUGGAAUAAAGAUCUUUGGCAAUAACUCAACAAAUGUUCCAUUCAAGUUCCUUGAAGUUUUGGAAUUUGACUGUUUGUCUGAAUGGGAGGAAUGGGUAUGUAUUGAAGGGUUUCCUCGGCUUAAAGAGAUUUCUAUAAAUGAUUGUCCCAAAUUGAAAAGGGUAUCACUGCCUCAACAUCUUCCUUUAUUACAGAAAUUGUUUAUAGGUGGGUGCAAAAUGGUGGACGUGUCAAUUCUCAAUUAUGAUAAAAUCAUAGUGUUGGAUCUACGGAAAUAUGAGCGGAUUAUGAUAAAUGAGUUGUCAUCAAGCUUGAAAAGGUUUGUCCUUAGUGAAAAUCAGUAUGUUGAGUUCUCCAUGGAUCAUUUAAUCAACAAUCCCUUUCUGGGAGUGUUGUGGUUGGAUUUUAAAGACUUGGUAGAAUGUCCCUCGUUAGAUUUGUGUUAUAAUUCUCUUUGGCAACUUUCAAUAAGAGGAUGGCAGUCCCCCUCGUUGCCUAUUUCACUACACUUGUUCACCCAUCUAAGUUCUCUAAAGUUGCUGGAUUGUCCAAGGCUGGAGUCUUUUCUUAUUGGAGGUUUGGCUUCCGAGUUGUGGUCCCUUGAUAUAUUCAAUUGCCCAAAAUUAAUUGCUUCCAGAGUGGAGUGGGGUUUAUUCCAACUCAAUUCUCUAUAUUUUUUCACUGUUAGUGAUGAUUUUGAAAACGUGGAGUCCUUCCCCGAGCAGAAUCUACUGCCACCAACUCUAAAGUUUCUUAAAUUGGAUAAAUGUUCAAAGCUAAGAAUAUUGAACUACAAGGGAUUUCUCCACCUCAAAUCUCUUGGUAAUAUAUGGAUUUGCAACUGCCCUAGCCUUGAGAGUUUGCCGGAGGAGGGUCUACCCAACUCCCUUUCUUGUUUGUUCAUUGAAAACUGUCCAUUACUUUCAGAGAAGUACAAAAAGGAGGGAGGAGAGCGUUGGCAUACAAUUAGUCAUAUCCCUACUGUGCGGAUUGACGGUAUUCAUCAGCAUUAGAUUGAGCGGUAGAAAUGAGAUGUUUGUCACAGUGACGUGAUCCUCAAAGAUAUUGCCGACCGAGACAUUCCAUUGCCAUCAACAUCAAAACUAUGGAUUUGAAGUAUUUUCUAUUAUUUUUGUGGUUAAGAAGAGUCUGUAAUCAUUCUUAAAAAAAUAUAAGACUUUGUAUUUCCAUUUCUUAAGUGUACACUUUCCUUUGUUUUGUAAUGUGUCUUGUGCCUGUCUCCAAACAUUGAGACUUGAGAAAAGCAACAAGACUGGCUAGAGUGAUUUUCUUAUUCUGUUAUUCUGACUUAUUCAUGCUUUAUAACAGCCUGAAAUAGGUUCUUCCUGAAAAAUAUAGAAGCAUUUCUCAACAAA